AUGAUCCAGAAACCUUCAGGUCGUAAUACGUUGAAUUCAUCGAGCGACAAACCCACCAUGAGAUGCUUCAACUGCUCUGGCUACGGGCAUUUCGCGAAAGAUUGCAAGGAAGCGAAGCGCAUGCAGGGCUCGUGUUUUAAGUGCGGUAAACUGGAUCACGUAUACAAAAAUUGCCCUAAGAAGACAGUGGCGGGGGUCGACGCGGCGGACGAUCAGUAUAAGGAUGUGCACUUUAAGAGCAUGGUAAGUGUCGCUUUAGAUAUCCGUUUUCCAAGAAUACGUUUUGAAAAUAUUAUUUCUUUAUUUGAUACGGGCAGCCAAAAUAGUUGUAUACGGCGAUCGUUGGAGCGUAAUGUGAAUCCAUGCCAAAUAUACAAGCGCAAAGUAAUACCGCGAUUUCGAAGCCUAGGAGCACAGGAUAAACAGUAUACAGAAGACGCAUGUAGACUAUAG